AUGGCUGACUACACGUCGCCCACAGUCAAAUUCCCUGACGGUACUUUCGUUAUGGACUCGCGAGUUAUUGCAGCCGAGGUCGACAAAAGAUAUCCCCAGCCCUCGCUUCAGAUCGAUUCACCGGUACUCUCGAAGCUAGAGACAAUACUUCUGAAACUGAUGCCGACGCUGGCACCCUUCUAUAUUCCGAACGUGCCGAAACGUCUGCUCAACGAAGCUUCUCAUCCACACUGGUACAAAACCCGUGAAGCUCGAUUCGAACGCGAGAAAGGAGGACAACAGAUUUGGGAUGCUGCGAAACCUUACCUGGAUGAGAUCACGGCAAUGCUUAAGGAAAACAAUGGUGGUCCAUAUUUUAUGGGAGAUAGUGUAUCAUAUGUCGACUUUGUUUGGGGUGGCUUUUUACUCUUCGUACAGAGAAUUGGAACCGAUUUCUGGGAGAAGCUACUGCAGACCAUUGGAGACGAUGCAGACGUUCAUUCGAAGUUGGUUCUAGCUCUGGACCCAUGGAGCUUGAGGAACGACAGAUGA